AGGCGACUGUAGAGCGAGCGAGCAGUCGCGACGCAGCAUCCAGCAGCAGCGCUACUAGCGGCAGCCAAACGGAAAGACUCCCAGGCGAGUCGGCCUGGCGUAUAGAUGUGUGCGCCGGUGUACGUGCGCGUGUGCGUGUACACGUGAGGCGUGCAUGAGCCUUAGCUGCGUGGGUGUGUGAGCCGAGCGAGCCUACCUGGCGUCCGACACGCAGUUACCCGCGCGCUUCUCCGCGUUCUCCCGCAGGAAAGAGCGUGGCGCGCGUAUCCCGCUCCGGUUGCCGUCCACCCGAGUCUGAGUUCGAGCGGGAGCUGCUUCCUAGGGUCUACCGACCUUGGAAGAGAGGAGCGCGUCGGCCCGCGCGCUCGCGCGCUGCUCCGCUUCGCGGUUCACCGGACGCGAGAGAUCGGAGCAGAGGAUCGGAAGUGCGACUAGAGGAAUCGCGUGUUUGCCGCCUACCGCGACCUAUCCGCGGCCGUGUGCCGCGUGCAGUGCAUGUGUGCUUAUACGUGUAUACACGGGGAGAAGGAUAAGGAUCUCUGGAAAUCGUGCAGCCCUGGUAGAUGUCCAACGCGGGGGUCCGACGGAUGUUUCCGCCGCUGAUCACCGGACCGUCCGCCAGUAAGGGAUUUCGAGCGGAGGAGGAGAUGCGUUGGCGGUUUGCCGGGGGAUACUGAAAGGGAGACCUGGAAGACUUCUCCUGGAAGACGUCCUCCAGAUGCAACCGGUAUGCCAACCGACAUCGUAGUUACGUCGGCUUCGGCCACAGUCUCAGAGGAGACGAGUAGAGGUCGGGAUUUGGGCCUUGGACAGUCUCCAAGAUCAGGCCCUUCUUCCGUAGCCUCGUCGUCCUCCAAUUCUAGCGCGGCAUCGACCUCGAGAGGAUUCGAUCCAUCUAGCACUCUUGCCGCCUAUCAUCAUCACCGUCACAGCUUAGUAACCGGCCUGGGUCAUGCUCAUCACCGAGAAUCGUCAGCCUUUGUGCCAGUGGUGCCUUCAAGACUACAACUCACCCCAUAUCCAAGUGAAAUGCAUCCCCAUUUACCUGGGCCACCGCCCUCUUCGUCAUCGUCAACAAAUUCAGAGCAUGAAGUCGGUCCUGAAUCUUCAGUGGCCAGAAAAAGCUCCUCGAGUUAUGACAUCAUGGCGAUGAUGGCCGACAAGAGGAAGGAAUUAGCAAGAGGUCUUCUAUUGCCACCGCAUCCUCUCCUUGAACCUCCUGGAUAUCCAGUCUUUGCCGGCCCUUUUCCUGGUAGUUCCGCUUUGUAUCCCCCGGGUGGUCCGUUAGCCCAUCAGCAUCUGGAUCGAAGAUUACUUAGAGCACCCGGCAGAGCAUCUAGACCGAAGAAGCAGUUCAUUUGUAAAUUCUGUAAUCGACAGUUCACAAAAUCAUACAAUCUUCUCAUUCACGAGAGAACUCAUACCGACGAGAGGCCAUAUUCCUGUGACAUAUGUGGCAAAGCGUUUAGGAGGCAGGAUCAUCUUAGGGAUCAUAGGUAUAUCCACAGCAAGGAGAAGCCUUUCAAAUGCAGCGAAUGUGGUAAGGGCUUUUGUCAGAGCCGUACACUAGCUGUCCACAAGAUUUUGCAUAUGGAGGAAUCUCCGCACAAAUGUCCCGUUUGCGCGAGAAGUUUUAACCAGCGCAGCAAUCUCAAGACGCAUCUUCUAACGCACACGGAUCACAAGCCUUACGAGUGUACGUCAUGCGGCAAGGUGUUUCGCAGAAAUUGCGAUCUUAGGAGGCACGCGUUGACACACGCCGUGGGUGACGUUCCUCCGGAGGCACUGGAGGAGGCAUUGAGGGAUGAUGACAGUCCCGAAGAAGAUUGCCCUGAGCCUGGACCAUCUUCCUCGUCGACGUCAUCCUCAACACCGUCCGUGUCUUCUGCAUCUUCUAGUUCGUCCACAUAUCCAGCUCAAGGACAUUCAGCUCCGCCAUCUGCACCUACAGCCUCAGCCUCGGCACCAUCUCUUCCUCAGAGACCUCAACUUCAGAUCAGAAGGGAUCUACUACCCGCCGUGAAGACAUCGACGGUGACCAGCGGUGCUUCCGCGGCUCAUUCUGUCACCCAGAAUCCACCAGCUGCCCUCCCGCCGCCACCUCCACUCAUUCUGGCUUCUUACCGACGAAGAAUUGGUUCCCCAGGUCCUUCGAGGGUAUUCCUAGAGCUUCAAGAGCGUGAACGCGAGAGAGAACGAGAGAUAGAGCAGAACAGGGAAAGAGAACAACGUAACAGAGAACGUGACAAGGAAAUAACCAGACCACCGAGGGCACCAACACCGCAGCCACCACCACCACCACCUAGACCUGCCCCAACACGCCAGGGUUUCACCAUUGCGGAUAUAAUGGGCCGAUAGAAAGUUUGUCGCAGGUAGUUUUCCUGUGCUUGAAUUUCUUUUCCAUAGACUCUAUGGAUUACACAGAAAGAGAGGUCCUGAUCUUCACAAAGAAUGCACUUUUUCUAAAGAUUCUAUGAAUUCCACAAUAUUUUUGAAGCGUAAGAAUAUGGCCAAUAACUUGUCGAGUUUCCCGGAAAAUAUGCGUGUUAUUCAUGCAUAUGUUAUUACAGUGAAUUUUUCAUGUGCAGAUAAAUGAAUUUAAAUGAGAAUUUAAACAUGUAAUAAGCAGAUAAAAAAAAGAAUCUUCACAAAUCUUUAAAAAAUUCCGCGUGUGCGAUUCUAAAAUAGUUAUUAAACUUGAAAAAAUUUAACACUCUUAUUCCAAAUAAUUAUAUUAUCUUUUAUUGUCUAAUAUAAUAAUAGAAAGAGAAACAAAUUAUGAAACGAAUUAUAUAUGAUUCGUAUAAUGUGCAAAAUAACAAUUUUACGUAUCGUAAAAAUUACAUGUGUUAAACAAGAUAAUUUCACAAGUACGCAAAAAAAAUUUUUUGAAAAUAUUUUUACCAUUAAGUAACUUGGAACGCAACAACGAGAAGUAAUUUCCUAGGAAUGAGACGGUUAAACAAAUACAUACCAAAAAUGUGCCUUAAUAGUUUGUUGGUAAAAGAUGCUCUCGCUUCAUUCUACAGUUCUGUAAAAGUUACAGCUCUUCCUGCGACGUGUGAGAAUCGUAAUGACGAUGCGCGCGCAAUAGGAAAAAUAAGUUCAGAAGAUAUUGAGAAAACUGCGACUAUAUAUAUAUAUAUACAUAUAUAUAUAUAUAUAUAUAUAACUGCGAAGUAUUCUUUUGUCCUGCAGUUCUUCGAGAGAGGGGAUAAUGCAAAUUUUGCGGUCGGGGUAAUAACCUGCGCCUGUGCCACCGUGGCAGGUGCAAUACGGCUUUGUACCUGCUCGAUCCGCGCGCGAAAUACCUGCUCCCUGCUACUGCUGCCGUUGCUUUUCCCUUCUAAAAAUAUUCCGACCCUAGACGAAUAUCAAUAUUUUUUUCUCUCCCCCUCCCCUCCUCCCUCUGUCCUCCCCUCACCGUGCCCCUCAACGUGAGGAAGCAUUAAUGGUCUUUUUGUGAGAGACCCAAACUGUACACCGUCCGACCGCAUAGGCGAUCCUUUCGGGCUAUGCCUCUAACGCCUACAACACAAAGGUAUACCUUCUUUUCAGUGGAUUUCAAAGAUCCCUCGAAUAUACAUUUUAGAAUAGCUUUCCCGUUUUUAAAGUGUCCAUUGUGAUUAAAUAAAAUUUCGACGUGUUCGAAUGUUCGAAUGAUCUGGCCGACUAUGCGUUAAUGCGUGUUACGGAUGAAAAAUACAACAGAAUCGAGUACAAAAUGGAUAUACUCUAUGCUUGAAAUGAUAUUUACUAAUAGCAAUGUAUUGUCCGCGUCUUUCUUAAUUAUAAAAUACAUAGAUCUUUAUAAAUAUUGAAAAUUCAACUCUGUUAAUUUUUUAGGGGUCGCAUCGUCUUAUUAUUAUUAAAAAAAUUUUGUUGACUUAUUUUGCUCAACAAUAUCUUUCAUGCAAAGAGAAUUUAUUUGUAAUUUUUAAAAUAUUUUUUUGACUUCCAGCUUCAUGAUAGUAGCUCAUUGAUAGUAAGAAGCAUUAUUUGAAUGUAUCAAUGCUACAUACUUCUAUUUUCAAUGUUUAACUAAACUGCAUAGAUCCUGAAUUUACUGAUAUAAUUUUCUUAUAUCUACGUGAAAAGUGAACAUUGCAAAUUGUGUGCAACAAUGGCCUCUAAAGGAUUAAGAUUAUGUAAAAGUAAACAGUUAUAUUUACAAUGUUUUGUUUUGUACGAAAUUGUUAGAAAUAAAUUAAAUUAAAUUCUGCAUUUCUUACAAAUAUUUUAGAGAAAGCUUCUCAAUACUGGCAUAUCAAUCAUUUUUAAUCAUGUUUAACUAAGAAAAUUUUGUAAUUAAAUGUAUUUUUAUAAAUUAAACAACAAAAUUUAGAAGUAAUAGAAUGAAAAGAUUAAACAUUUUAAAAUAAAAACAAUUUAAGGACUUAAAAUACAGAUAAAUAAGUUAUUUGAAACAAAAUUGUUAUAAAAAGAUUCUCAAUUUAUGUAUUCAUUCAUUAUGUGGAUGUUAAAUUGUAAAUUAUUUUAAAAAUGUUCAAACUUUUUAGAAUAAAAACUAUAAUUAAAGGUUCAGAAUUAAUUAAAAGUGUUUAACUAUACAAUUUGCAAAAAAAAUUUACAUAAAUUUCACGUUUUAAGACUUUAUUUUAGCAUAUUUUAUAUAGAAAAGAGAUAUGUAAAUUAUAAGUUUUUAUUUUUUUAAAUUAUCUUAGUAGAUCAUGUUUUUAUCAGUAUUAAUACAGUGCAAUGUUUAAUAUCCGAAAAUGACAGUAUAGGUGCUAUUUUAAAAGGCCUAUGCCAGUAUUGACAUUUUUUUAUAAAAAUAUAUUUGUAAGUAUAAUAUAUAAUAAAAAAUUUGAGAGUUUUAUAAUCAUAAUAAAUAUAAUAUAAUUUUCCAAAUUAAAAUUGAAUUUUCUUAAUUUAAUUUAUUUCUACGUUAUUUUAAUAAUAGCAAAAUGUUGUGAAAAAUCCCAUAAAUUUUAUAAAUAGCUGAUAUGUCAUAUUUUACAUUCGCCAUUCGAAUAGUCGAGCAAUUGUACAUGAGACUAUUGCGUAAUGUUUUAUAUGUGUAAUAAUUAUAGUAAUAAUAAUAAUAGUAAUAUUAAUAAUAAUGUAAUUAUUACUUUAGGUAUAUUAUAUUAGGAAUUUUCCAAACAUAUGGAAUUCGAACGUUACAAUAUUAAUUAGAACACAGUUAUAAAAUAUUGUAAUUGUUAACGACAAGAUUGUAUAACGUGUUCAAGUUACAAUAAUUAUGUAUGAAAGUUGCAUAAAUGAAAGUAGCUGAUUGAAUUUACGUGCUAAAACUCCAUCCAGAUAUGACAUAAAAUACAAUAUAAUAAUGUUAGUAAUCUAUGUUUCAAAAAGAAAUUAAUUUUUUAUAUAUAUGUACAUGUGAGAAAGCGAAUGAAAUCGUAUGUAUGUGAAAACGGGCGUGAUAGUGAUAAAGAGAGCGGAAAACGAAAUAAUAAAGAAAAAGAAAAUAAGGAAAAGAAAAAA